AUGGAGGGUCGACGCUCUUCAACACUUCCGGGAGGUUCCCGUCGGGGUCAAACCGGGGGAUAUCUCCCAAUUGAGGACUAUGGAAUGAUUGGAAAUAUGCACACCUGUGCUCUCGUGGGAAUUGAUGGAAGCAUUGACUAUAUGUGUUGGCCCGAUUUUGACUCUCCGUCUGUUUUCUGCCGGCUUCUCGACAAGGACAAAGGAGGGCACUUCUUUAUUUCCCCGCCUCCCGAUGUAAACUGUACUACCAAACAGCAGUAUCUUCCAUCAUCAUGUAUUCUACAAACAAGGUCCAUUCAUGAGGAUGGUGUCGUCGAUGUGGUUGACUUUUUCCCUCGCCCACAGAAUAUCAAGGUUACCACCAAAGGUGUGAAGCUAAAUGCUUACCGGGAAGUCACCAAAGUCCAAGAUGAGCUUAAGAAGUGGUUGGUCCGCCGAGUAGAAUGCAUUCGUGGUUCAAUGAAUCUUGAUAUCGAACUCUUUCCUUCCUUCAACUACGGAAGAGAUGAGCACGAGACCACUCUAUUCCAAGAACAACACUUCACGACUGAUAAUAAGAGCAAAGUUGCCUCGUUCCAUAGCAAGGAUACUCAGCUGCAGCUCGACGUUGCAAUUGAGAAGGGAGAAAACGAGACCAGUUGUCCUCUCAUAACAUUUAGAAAGGAGAAGCGCCCUGGGAUCAACGGCGAGGGCCUCGUGGCUUGCAUCCGUAUUGAGGAAGGCCAGACGAUUUCUUUUGUCCUUCGAAAUGAUAUUGAACACCAUGUCACAGAGAAUGUUACGACUGAUGUGCUUGAUGCCCAGCAGCACUCUACGCAGAGUUUCUGGUAUAAUUUCAUUGCGCAAUCGAAUUAUAAAGGUCGAUGGAGAGAGGUUGUGUCUCGAAGUUUGAUGAUACUCAAGAUGAUGACUUACGAGCCUACUGGUGCCAUCAUAGCUGCCCCAACCUUUUCUAUUCCUGAAGCCAUCGGUGGCGUAAGAAACUGGGACUAUCGCUUCUCUUGGAUUCGUGAUUCGAGCUUUACUAUCUACAUCCUGCUACGUCUUGGUUUCAAGGCCGAAGCAGACGCUUAUAUGGAGUUCAUCAUGGAAAGAUUCGUUCACUCGCGUGGCCCAGAUGGAGGCUUGCCUAUUAUGUUCACCAUUCGAGGUGAGACUGACAUCCCGGAACUGACAUUGGAUCAUCUUGAAGGCUAUCGCGGCAGUAGCCCUGUUCGUAUCGGUAACGGCGCGGCCUUUCAUCAGCAGUUUGAUAUCUAUGGCGAGCUGAUGGAUGCUAUCUACUUGUAUAAUAAAUAUGGAAAGCCAGUUCCAUGGGAUGUUUGGAAGGCUGUCCGUGAGAUUCUUGAUUACGUUUUGACUAUACUAGACGAUCCCGACAUGUCUAUCUGGGAGGUCCGAAAUAACAAGCAGCAUUUCACCUACUCUCAGAUAAUGCUCUGGGUCGCAUUUGAUCGUGGCCUUCGUCUUGCUGAUAAGAGAUGCUUUCCAUGCCCCAAUCGCGCCAAAUGGAUGGAGGCAAGAGACAGGAUUUAUGAGCGUGUCAUGGAACAAGGAUACAACGAGGAGAUGAAGUGCUUUGUGCAAAGCUUUGAGAGCAGAACCAUGCUCGACUCCUCCAUUCUCAUAGCUCCUCUUGUGUUCUUCAUCUCACCCUGUGAUCCACGUUUUCUCAACACCCUUGACCGUAUCCUCUUACCCCCAGAAAAGGGCGGUUUGACAAGUACCGGCUUAGUGUACCGAUAUGACACUGAGCUAUCCAACGAUGGGGUAGGCGGUCAUGAAGGUGCGUUUAGUAUGUGUACUUUCUGGCUCGUGGAAGCCAUGACCCGAGCAGCUGUCUACGAGCCGAAGUAUCUCGUCAGGGCUGUGAAUCUGUUUGAGAAUAUGCUCGGGUUCUCUAAUCACCUCUGCAUGUUCUCUGAGGAGAUCGCAAGAUCUGGGGAACAACUUGGCAACACACCCCAAGCAUUCAGUCAUCUAGCCUUAAUCAGUGCGGCUUUCAACCUGGACCGUACUGCGAGGUAA